ACGGCCCAGGCCUGACUGCAGCCCUGGAGCUAAGCCUCGCGGGGAGGGUCUCCGAGAAUCUCUCUACCCCGACUCAGUGCGGGCAGGGUUGCCUUCACCGGCGACCUAGUUAGAGGCUCGGGCGCGCCCUUCCGCUGAGAGGAAACACAGGCUCCGGGGAAAGGGGUCUGGGGGCCUCCACUUCUCAGAAGGCAUGGCUGGGGGCAGGGUGGCCGAGUCUCACUGGGUGGAGGGGAAAUGGGGCAAAAGGCUGGCAAGGAGCCUCUUCUGCUGUUCCUAAGCUGCUUUUGUAGACAGGGAGAGGGAAGCUGGUCCCACUCCCUACCCCUGUUCUGCCCAGGAGCCUGAGAAGUGAGCUUACCGGGGCAAAUGCUAGGGCUUCAGGAAUGGAGGAGGUGCCUCGGAGGGAGAGGUCGCCUCCUGGGGCAGCCACACCAGGGUCAGCUGCACGUGUUCUCCAGCCUCUCUUCCUACCACUGCUGCUGCUGCUGCUCCUGCUGCUUGGCGGCCAGGGCCAGGGCGGCACGUCUGGCAGGUGUGACUGUGCCAGUGAGUCACAGAAGAGGUAUGGCCCGUUUUGUUGCAAGGGCUGCCCAAAGGGUAAGUGGCUGGAAGGGUAAAGGGAGUGAGGCACGGAAAAGGAGGCUGAGGGAGGGACACUACAUGAAGGCCCCCUGCACAGAACCCUGUGGUGACUCCACCUGCCUUCCCUGUCCCCUGGACACCUUUCUAACCAGAGACAACCACUUUAAGACCGACUGUACCCGCUGCCAAGUCUGUGAUGAAGAGGUUCUUCAAGUGAUCCUUGAGAAUUGCUCAGCAGAGUCGGACACCCGCUGUGGCUGCCAGUCAGGCUGGUGUGUGGACUGCUCCACCGAGCCAUGUGGGAAAAGCUCACCCUUCUCUUGUGUUCCAUGCCCAGGUGAUAAGGCCGCAACACCUGGGCCCUGCCCGCCUGGCUUCUAUAUACAUGGCAAUGGCUGCACGUCCUGUCCCACGGGCUUCAGCAGCGUGUGCCCCAAGGCUUGCACUGCUGUCUGUGGCUGGAAGCAGAUGUUUUGGGUCCAGGUGCUUCUAGGGGCCUCCUUCCUUUUUGGGGCUAUCCUGGUCUGUGCAUAUUGUCGAUGGCAGCCUUGUAAGCCCGUGGUCACUGCAGACGCGGCUGGGACAGAGACCCUGGCCUCACCACAGACGGCCCAUCUCUCAGCCUCAGACAGCGCCCACACCCUCCUGGUACCCCCAGGCAGUACUGGGAAAGUCUGCACUGUCCAGUUGGCAGGCAACAACUGGACCCCUGGCUUAUCCCAAGCUCGGGAGGUGGUCUGCGGGCAGGCCUCUCAACCCUGGGAUCAGCUGCCAAACAGAAGUCUUGGCCCUCCUCUGGCAUCUCCGCUCUCGCCAGCACCCCCUGCGGGCUCUCCCGCUGCUGUGCUCCAGCCUGGCCCGCAGCUCUAUGACGUGAUGGAUGCGGUCCCAGCACGCCGAUGGAAGGAGUUCGUGCGCACGCUGGGGCUGCGGGAAGCAGAAAUCGAGGCUGUGGAGGUGGAGAUCUGCCGCUUCCGAGACCAGCAGUAUGAGAUGCUCAAGCGCUGGCGCCAGCAGCAGCCUGCAGGCCUGGGUGCCAUCUAUGCGGCCCUGGAACGCAUGGGGCUGGAAGGCUGUGCUGAGGACCUGCGCAGCCGUCUGCAGCGCGGCCCGUGAUGUGAGGUCCAUCAGUCACUUUGACACUCUAGUGACCCUUGAAGGAGCCUUAAGUAUUGUUACUUAUGCGUGUAGACAUUUUAUGUCACUUACUAACCCACUGCCGUGGUCCUGCGUAGCAGGGCUGGCUGCCUCACUCUUACCUGCAGCACGGAGCUCCAGCUAAGGGAAGCGUCAUGGAGAAAGAAAUACCAGAAGGGGCCAAGUGAUUGGUUGCUCAGCUGUUAAUUAGCCCGAGUUUGGACUUGGUAUUAAAUUUCGUAAGAAAAGCA